UGUGACAGAGGGGCUUAAAUACAGAGAGGGCUUGACUCGAGAGUGCAGGACUGAACUGGACUGUUUUUGAAGCUGCAAUUAGUGGCCUGACGUAGAGAUGACAGCUACAGCACAAUGAAAAGCAGCUUUGGGAAAAAAUUGGCAAGAUGAACGGGACAACGGGGGACAUAGGAGCAGCCAACAUCUUUGAUGACAGAAACGUUCCUGGAAAUACGAGUAUGGGCCUCCUGAACAUCUCCUCAACAACCAACGCAGUCCUGAAUGCUUUGACUCUCCUCAUGCUCUUCGUAACUAUGAUAUCGCUUGGCUGUACGAUGGAGAUCUCCAAAAUUAAAGCUCAUAUCCUCAAACCAAAAGGAGUAGCCAUUGCCCUGCUGGCCCAGUUCUGCAUCAUGCCCAUCACUGCUUUCUCUCUGUCCAAAAUCCUGCAGUUGAAUACAAUAAAGACUGUGACUGUGCUCAUCUGUGGCUGCUGUCCAGGGGGGACCUUAUCAAACAUAUUUUGCCUGCUACUGAAAGGAGACAUGAACCUCAGCAUUGUCAUGACCACGUGCUCCAGCAUCGCCGCCUUGGGUCUGAUGCCUCUGCUGCUCUUCAUCUUCUCUCGAGGUCACGCUGGUCUGGAAAAGGCUGUGCCGUAUGUCGGCAUCAUCAUUGCUAUCAUGUUGUCUCUGGUGCCUUGCAUUAUUGGCAUUCUCAUCAACCACUAUAAGCCCAAAUAUUCACACACUGUCAAAAAAGCUGGUCUCUGCAUCCUUUUAAUCUCCACUAUCAUAGUUUCUAUCAUGUCAGGCUUUGCCGUCAAGGAUGUAAUAUGGAUGAUCCUCAUGCCUGACGUCCUCGCUGUGGCUGCACUGAUGCCUCUGAUUGGCUUCCUGCUUGGAUAUGUCAUGUCUGCCAUUUGCAGACUCAGUCCACAAUGCAGCAGAACCAUCUCCAUAGAGACAGGGUUUCAAAACAUCCAGCUGUGCGUCGCCAUCCUCAAGGUGGCCUUCUCUCCACAGGUCAUCGGACCCAUGUUUCUCUUCCCGCUUGUGUACAUCAUGUUCCAGUGUACCGAGGCUCUCCUCUUGGCCCUGUGCUUCACAUGUUACCAAAUGGCGAAGCCACCAGCUGCGGAUGCAGGACAUCACAAUAACAUUGACGUUAAACAAGAGGAGGUGGAACGGCAACAACAUGAAAGAUGACGGCAAACUGAUGGACAAGAUGUCUUUCAGUGUCUAUCUGUGAAGUGCCCAUCAUUCAUUGUCAGUGAUUUUGACUAAAAUAUGGACUUUUUAUAAUCACUUAUACUUUUAUUUUGUUUCAUCGAGCCCACACGUUAUCUAUGGAGGACCAAAAUGGACAUAAUUAAAAAUAAAGGUUUUUGCUUUUCUUUA